AUGGCUCUUCAGGGGGGAGUCAUGUGGGCUGUCUACAAGGCUUGGCUGUGCUCUGAGUACUUCAAUGUGACCCAACUGCAGUGCCAGCACCGGAUCCCAUGCAAGCAAUACUGCCUGGAGGUACAAACAAGGUGUCCCUUCGUCUUGCCUGACAACGACGAACUGAUCUAUGGAGGACUGCCUGGCUUCAUCUGCACAGGGUUGCUGGAGAGCAAUCUGCCUGAACAGGAAGCCAAGUGCUGCGACAUGCUGUGGGACUCAUGCAACCACCACCCAGACUACAGCUGCAAUACAUCAGCCAAAUCCAUCGAGUCAGAGUCAUUCCAUGACCAACUCCGUGACAUCCCCCAUCACCACCACCACGUUCACCAGCAGCGGCAGCAGCACUACAACCUCUACUACCACCAUACCCAGUACCAGCACCAGCACCAUCCAUCCCUGCUGCCUGUGUCUGCGGGCUCCCACCUCAGCAGCGGCAAGAUCCGGUUCUGCGUCCUGGUUCUAAUGCUCCUCCACACCAUGGUGUCCUUCUCAAGCGUGCCCAGCAGCACGGGACUGAGCCUGGGGGCCCUCCCUGCCAUGGACGAGACCCUCACAAGGGACGGGGGACCCUCAUUUGCAAUGCAGGGAAAAGGCAACUGCCAGCUCUUUUUCACCAGUGGGGGAAAAGGGGCUGGGUGCAUAAAUGCUCUUCCUCCAGUGGCAGGAGGUGACACAGGAUUGGGGGUGAUGCACACAGACCCACCCCCAUGCAGACCCCCCUCCCACCCCCCAGAGCACCUCAUCACAGGGACUGCCCUGCGAUGAGAGAGUCUCUGAAGCAUGUGAGGCUGUGGGAACAGCUUCUGGGGAAGGAAUCAUUCAACAGCAUGCUUCAGGCUGGGUCUCUGAAGAAAAAGUUUAAAUCAGCAUCAGGCUUCAGUUAAAAAUGGUUCAGUCACCAGCAGGCCUCAGGCUGUAAGGCUCUGGUGAAGGCUUCAGUUGGCAGCAGGCCUCAGGCCGGGCCUCUUGAGAAAAUGGUUCGGUUAGCAGCAGACCUCAGCCUGAUGGCCUUUGGCCUCAAAACAGCUCAGAGGCAGAGGGAAAGCCCACAGGAGCAGCUCUAAGAGAACUGUCUUCUGAGGAAAGGCAAACACAAACACCCCAGCUCCAUUGAGGGCUGCUUCUUCUCCCCCCCCCCCCAUGUGCCUCGUUUAUAGGGCCACAGGGGUCUCUUCCCCAUACCAAGUUACUUGCACUAGAGGCAACAGAAAUGGCUUGACAGAGAUCUGUUACGGAUUCCCCGCCCCCUAUCAUCUUCUCAGCCCAGCCCAAAACUAUAAUCAUGAUGGUGUGAUGACCUCCUUCCGCCGCCCACCCACCCAAGUUCAAGGCCCACCCACCCAUCAGUCACUAACUCCUGAGCAGCCUUUGUGUGCUCUUGGUUGAACAUCUGUCAUUGGUUGGUCCUUCAGCAUUGCAGAGUGUUGGGCUACAUGACCCUUUGGGUCCUCUCCAACUCUACAAUUUAUGAUUUUGCAAGUUGUAUUCUCUUGCUCCUUGAAGGGCUUAAGCUGAGGACACACCUGCAUCAUCCUUGUCCUCUGGGACAUGCCACAAACAGCAGGUCCACUCCUGCUCCUCCCUCUUCCCUGCCCCACCCCGAGGUCCUGUCCCUGGUUAACACUCCAAUAUUUUGAAUUGCUUUGGCCAUAAUUGGGAAUUUCCUCAUAAUUCAGCUUCAAAAGAAGAGUUUCAUUGGCAGAGCUGCAGCUGGGGGGGGGGGAACCUUUAGUGUCUGGUCUUGUUCAGUCCAGAAAGAGACGUACUUACCUUUCUGAACCAGGAGUUUCUCCUUGUUAUUUGAAUUUCCCCAUUUUUAAAAUAUAUUUUUAUUAGCACUGGUCCCCUAAACCAGAGGUUUUCAACCUCUCUGAGUUCACGACUCCCUUGACCAAUUGCAUACUUUCUGUGGCACCCCUGUGGGGCUCAGGAGCCCAUCUAUGUCACCCCUUGCCUGCAGAACUGGCAGCCUCUCACCCUUUUUGAAACACCCUCCCCUGGGGGAUGUUCCCUCAGCCUCCUCUCCUCCCCCGUCUCCUUGGGAGUCCUCCGGGCUGCUGCUGCCACUGCCCUGGUCUCUGAGCUGCCCCCUCUGCCCCAAAGAGAGAUUCCUACUCACACUGCCCCACAGGGGCCUGGGAAGAGGAUGCCCCCAGUCUUAGUGGCCUAGUGGAGACUGGCAAAAGUGAAUGUGAGACAAGCACCUUACCUUGGGAGGCAGCAGUGACAGCAGUGGGAACUGCCAGGCCUGCAUGGUGAAAAGGCUCCCCUUCAGCACUGGACACUAAGCUCCCAGGCAGAUCUUGCACACAUCAAACACAAGGAAGGCCAGUGCAGCACCUGCCUGCCUGGCCUCCCACUUGUCUGUUCAUUCCCAACAACAAGUGCUGGCAAACUGGCUGGCUGGGCUUCCUCACCUGCUUGCUUGCUUACUCUGAGGCCACCUCAGCUCCUGGCACCCAGCACCCCCUGGCCAGCCCCAGAGGCACCAUUUGCCUGUGGAGCUUGUAGCCAGAGCUGUUGCAGCAAAUAGCUGCGAAAGACUUUGGGAGGCAGAGAUGCGAGAGGGCAUCAGAGAAGGGAAGGAAGGAAAGAGAUAUGGAGGCCAGUGUUGCCCACAGCACCCCUGACCAUCAUUCAAGGCACCCCAUAGUGCCAUGGCACACUGGUUGAAAACCACUGCCCUAAACAGUUUCCUUUCCUUGCCCAUGUCAGUUUAUAAGAUUGCAUAGCCGUCCUAAUUUUCUCCCUAGCCCACUGGGGAUAUUCCAAAGGCCCUCUUUUAUGUAUAUCACCUGAGUGUUGCUGGGAGACACAGAUGAAUCUUAGAAAUCAUAGAACUGUAGAGUUGGAAGUGACUCCCAAGGCCUGACCCCCUGCAAUGCAGGAAUCACAGCUAAAUAAUCAUUGACAGACAACUGUUUGGUCUCUGUUUAAAAACCUGCAAUAAAUGAGAGUCCAACACCUUCCAAGGGAGUCCAUUCCACUGCUGAAUAGCUCUUACUAUGAGAAACCUUUUCCUAUUAUCUCCUUUCUUGCAAUUUGAAUCCAUUGAGUCGGGUCCUCUCCUCUGGAGCAGCAGAAGACAAGCUUGCUCCAACUUCCAUAGGACACCCCUUCAGAUAUUUGAAGAUGGCUACCAUAUCACCUCUCAGCCUCCUCUUCUCCAUUCUAAACAUCCCAAACUCCCUCAACUGUUCCUCAUAAGGCUUGGUUUCCAGACCCCUCAUCAUCUUGGUCUCUCUCCUCGGCACACGUUCCAGCUUGUCAAUAGCCUUAAAUUAUGACACCCAGAACUGGACACAGUACUCUAGGUGUGGUCUCACCAAGACAGAAUAGUGCAGGACUAUUACUUCCCUUGAUCUGAACACUAGACAUCUGUUGAUGCAGCCUAGGAUUGCAUUAGGCUUUUUUGCUGCUGCAUCACACUGUUGCCUCACGUUAACUUUGCAGUCUACUAAGACACCUGGAUCCUUUCCACAUGUACAUAGUUCAUGUUUCUUUUAAGGAACUCGUCUGACUCACAGAUAAUCCCUCAGCCCCAGGAGGAGGAAGGUGAUCAUUGUGGUCUUGUAAAGACACGAUGAGCCUCUCUGUCCAUCCAGCGCAGAAUUGACCAUGCUGAUGGGCAGAAACUUUCCAGGGACCCAAGAGAAAGAAAGCUUUCCCCAGCCCUGAUUAUUAUUUGUUUGUUGGUUUAUUUAUCUAUACCUCACCUUUUUCUCAGGUUGGGACUCAAGGUGUCUUACACAGAUCAAAAUCACACAGAUAAAAUUAAGCUAAAAACAUAUAAAAGAUAAUUGUUAAAAAGUAGUUCAACUUGAAUAAAAUUAAAACAAUAUUUAAAACACCACAAAUCUAUUAAAAUACAGAUAAAAACAGCACAGUAGUAUUGAAAGCCCUUUCCUUAAAAAAAACCAAAAAAACCAGUCCGUCCCCAAAUGCCUGUUGGAAUAUAUCAGUCUUUACCUGCUGACAGAAGGACAGUAAAGAGGGGAGCCAAUCUGGUUUCUUUGGGAAGGGAGUUCUAAUGUUGUCUGGGAGCAGCCACCACCCUGUCCCACAUCCCCACCAAGCAAGCUUUUGAGGAUGCUGGAGUAGAGGGAACAGCCUCCCCAGAAGAUCUCAGAUAGGGUUGUCAUAUGUCCGGAAUUUCCUGGACAUAUCUGGAAUACCACAGUCAGAAGCACUUUCCAGGCAGAAAUCGGCCAUCCCCAGUGGUUCACCUCUCGCAGGGCGUCCUGUCAACAGCCCGGCCCUUCAUGCUUAGCAGCCGAGAAGGCCCAAGAGGCAGAGGUUUGGUUCCAGGCUGAAUGGUGGCAGCCUUAAGUAGACAGGAGGGAUUUCAGACUAGGUUUGCCAUACAUCCCCAAAAACAGCUCCACAACUUACGUGUCCAGAUUUUCACCUUCUGAAAUAUGACAACCUAAUCUCAGAGCCCGGGCAGGCUCAUAUGGGAGGAUAGAGUCCUUCAGAUAGCUUGGUCCUAUGUCUGAUCUGAGAUGCUGAGGUUAGACCCCUGGGGCUCUCUGGAUGCAAAAGUAGGUUUUUCAUUACCGCUCCCCUAAAGGGGCAUCAGUAAGCAAUAGAAGGAAGAGUGUGGACUUUAAGAACUGCUGGUGCCUACAGGAUGUCCCACAACACUUUAGGCCAGUUUGCCACAGGCUUCCCCAAAAGAAGAUCCAAGAACAGAAGUUCUGUGAGAUGAGAGGGAAUCCUCUGUGGUAGCUCCCAGAGUUUGAGGUCCUCCUGGGGAGGAUAUCAAGCACCUCCACCCACCUGUGCCUGCCUCAUAGUCUCAUGAAGAUGGCAGGGAUAUCAUAUCCCAAGGCUCAGGCACAGUGCAAAAAAAGAUUUCUCCCCAUAAAUAUUUUGGAGAUAUUUUUUGUCUUUUACACCAAGCUGUGAGGUUAGGGGUGCAAUUCGCCAUCUUUUGGCUGCUUUAACUAUGAUUCCUGCAUUGCAUUUGUGGAAUGCUCUCUCCAGGGAGGUUCUCCUGGUGCCUUCAUUACAUAUCUUUAGGUGCCAAGUGAAAACAUUCCUUCCAGGCCUUUGGCUAAUUAAAACAAUCCAUGGCCUUUUAACUGGAGUGAUUUAUUGUUUUGUUUGUUAUGACUUAUGUCUUUUUCUGUUUUUAUACUGUAAACUGUCCUGUGAUUUUCUGAUGGAGGACAGUAUAUAAUUUUUUUUAAAAAUCCACAGGUUUAGACUAGAUGGCCCUUGGAGUCCCUUUCAACUCUAUAAUUCUAUGAAACCCAACUUUCUAUUAAACCUGCUUAUUCAAUACCAAAACACCUUUAAACCCCCAUCUGUUUUGGGCUCCAGAAGUUGUGCCUGUUCAUUUGAUGGUUGGAAACGCAAAGCCAGAAUGAUUUUUCCUUCCAAGAAGGAUGAGGCCAUGCCCCCAAGUCCAGGCUGGCUUUACUCCAGUACCCUUCAAUCCAAAAACACCGCACUACCACCCCAGCAGCGCUGGCAGUACUCUAAUUUAGUCUUUAAAAUGUUGAAUGGGUUCAUGUUAAAUGUUGUUUUACAAUGCUGAUUUUAUUUUUUUUAUUUUUUAAUGAUUAAUUUGAACACACUUUGAGGACCUUUGUGGUAGACAGGUGCCCCCAGCAUAUUGAAAAACUGCCUGCCUCUUUUUGUGGCUCCACCAAGUGAGAUCCAGUGAGGUCAGGGAGCUUGUGGAGGUGGGCAGGGCUUUUUCCAGCUGGAACUCAAUGGAAUUGAGUUCCGGCACCUCUCGGAUGGGCACCAUUGCCAUUAGAAGAGAACAAGGGAGGCGUUCAUGGUGAGUUCUGGCAUUUCUUUUUCUAGAAAAAUAGCACUGGCAGUGGGGAUGCUGUGAUUUGGAGACCCAGGCCUGGUUGCUGAACCCUUCCCAAGUGCUUGUGGACACCAAGACCAGGCCUGCUGUGAAAAAAGUCAAUAAUAAUAAUAACUAUUAUUACUACUACUACUACUACUACUACAAUACAUGGU